UUCCAUAACUGAGUGCUUCAGACUCAUAUAUAGUCCUCUGCUGAGCUUGAGAUUCGGACCGCCUUUUUUUUUUUUUUUAAGUACGAUGAGGGGACAUACAAUGCGGAUUCGAUAGCACCGAUUCAAGCAUCUGCUCACCCCAUCCAGCCCAUUCCUUCCGCGUUGUCAUCAUCAUCAUCAACUGUUGUUGCUCUCACCACCACCUGUCAAGAUGACACGCCUCACGCUAUCCUAUCUCUUGUUGCCCUUUCUCGGGGGCACAACGGCAGGAUAUACCACACUCUCGGACGACACACUCCGGCAUAUAUCCUUCCCCCUUUCGGCGUCAUCGCCGUCGGAACUGGACCCGUUCGAUGGCUCCCUCCUCUCACCAAUCUUGAUCCCCCGCGUCCCGGGAACGCCAGGACACACGGCUGUUCAGGCGCAUUUUAUUAAUUACAUCAAGUCUAACCUGUCGCCGGAGUGGACAAUAGAGUGGCAUAACUCGACGUCAAAAACGCCGGCAACGGGGGAGAAGCUGGUGCCGUUUCAGAACUUGAUCAUCAAGAGAGAUCCGCCCGGGAUGACGAGGGAAAGGGAAGGGGAGAUGGAGAGGUUGACGCUGGCGGCGCACUAUGAUAGUUUGUAUCGGCCGGAGGGAUUUAUAGGGGCGGUGGACAGUGCGGUGCCUUGCGCGGUGUUGUUGUGGGUGUUGAAGGAGCUGGAUGGGGCGAUGGGGAAGAGGUGGGGAGAGUGGGAGGAUGAUGGGUUGGAGAGGGGGAAGGGGGUGCAGGUUGUGCUUUUUGAUGGGGAGGAGGCUUGGGUGCAGUGGAGUGGGGAGGAUAGUCUUUAUGGGAGCAGGGCUUUGGCGGAGGAUUGGCAGAAUGAAAGGUAUGAGGAUGGGAGUUCGAGGCUUGAUACGAUUAGUUUGUUUGUGUUGUUGGAUUUGUUGGGGGCGGCGGAUCCGACGGUGCCGAGUUUCUUUGGGAAGACUCAUUGGGCGUAUCAGAACAUGGCCAAGGUGGAAGAGAGGUUGAGAGGAUUGAAGUUGUUGGAAUCGGAGCCAAAAGCGGGAAGGUUUCUUCAUGACUCCGAGAGAUCGAACUGGAACUUUGCCGGAUAUGUCGAGGAUGACCAUGUGCCGUUCUUGAGGAGGGGGGUGGAGGAUAUCUUGCACAUUAUCCCAACACCGUUUCCUAGGGUGUGGCACACCAUGGAUGAUGACGUCAAGAACUUGGAUGUGGCCACGGUGAAGGAUUGGGCAAAGAUUGUGGCUGGAUUUGUGGGAGAGUGGAUGGAUUUGGAGGGACACUUUGAGGGUGUGGUGCCGGGAACGGAAGAUGAGAAGGAGAGCCCUGCAUUCACGGUGUUGGUGCGGUCGUCGCUGGUCUGGCUUGGGGCUGGUUGCUUGGGACUGUUGCUCCUGCCGUGAGAUAUCUGGGAAGGAGCGAGCCCACAGUUCAUACAACCGAGUUGAGGAACACUUUCCGCCAACAAAUGGCAACCUCCCCAUGGUCCUAUGACUUAAUGGAGGGGAUAAGAAAAGAGGUCCUGACCGCUCUAGAGAGUUCAGGUUCGAUUCCAGGGCGGGUCAUUUCAGCAUCAAAUGGGCCCGUUGCCCUCAUCAGAUGGAUCUGAUCUCAACGAGUGGGCACAAGCAACAAGAAACCGGGUACUGACGCCAUAUCUGCAAGAAACCGAGAACCGAUGCCAUAUCCGACUGAUACUAUACAACUGUGAGCAGACUUGGCCUAAGAAUCAAGGGCUCUCCUCUCUACUCUGUCAUCUUCAUUGAGAUGACAUGAUGCUGAGCAAGAGCAAGAAUAACACCCCUCUUAGCCCAGCUGAAAAAGGGAUUCUAAAGAAAUUGUC